GUUUAUUAGCAUUUGUGUCAAAAUAAUGCCAUCAAAAAAAUUUACUAAAAUAUGCUCAGUUUGUGGAGAAAAAGCAAUUGGCUAUAAUUUUUGUGCCAUUUCUUGUGAAUCGUGUAAAGCAUUCUUCAGAAGAAAUGCCACUAAACUCGAUGAAUACAACUGUCCAUUUGAUGAGAAAUGUAAGAUAAGUGUCGUCACCCGAAAAUUUUGCCGCAAAUGUCGGCUCAAAAAGUGUUAUGAUGUCGGUAUGAAACAGGAAUGGAUAUUAAAUGAAGAGGAAAAAGAGUUGAGAAAAAAUAAGAUCGAAGAGAACCGUCGGUGGAGACAAAUGGGCCAUAAAAAUGGCAAAAAUAAAACUGACAGAAAUGACAGCAUUAGUUAUAUAUCAACAGACGAUACGCAAACAAUGUCUAUAUCUCAACCAUCACCGGCUGAUACAAUCAACUCGGAUACAACUGAAUCUACAUUACCAGCUAAUGAUAUACCCGAUGAUAUCAUUAGUGAUGAUGAAAUUAUUACAAAUAUUAUGGAAAUUGAAAAUUUUUUAACAACUGAUAACACAGUUAGAGAUAAUGAAAAUACUAAUAAUUUUAACAAUGAUAUGAUAUUUAUGACCAACUCAUCUAUAAUAUCUAAAUCAUUAUCAUCAACAACAACGGCAAUAACAUUAACAAAUAAUACAAAUUUUGAUGAAAUAUCAGAAAAUACUUAUCAAAAGUUAGUUGAAUUGGAGUUAACGGUUCUACCGAUACCACCGCCUAUUAGUGAAUCAAAUGGAUUCAAUGAAGUUGAGUGCAACAGAUUAAUGGAGUUGUUUGAGGCUACAGUGGGCACACAUAGGCCGCGACCGACUAACAAAGUGAUGGCCCACACAAUGCAAGAAGUGGCCAACUUUUUCUUAUUGAAAUUUGAAGUAUUUAUUGAGAGAUUUGUCAAAAUGACCAAAUGUUUGUCGGCGUUUCAAAGUUUGUGUAGUAAUGAUCAGUUAGCAAUCGUCAAAUUUAGUUGUCUUGAAGCCCUAUUCCUUAGGACUGCCCUUUAUUUCGACUAUAACAGUGAACAUUGGACUUUUAUUAUGGAUAGCAAUAAUGCAUUAGAAUUUAAGUUGGAUUUACUUAAAGAUAGUCCAUUGGAUGGAAUAUAUGUUACUUUUAAAAAAUUUCUGCAAAACUUACGAAGUGAAUGGGAUUUUGACCCAUUUGUUAUUGAUUUGUUAACAGUUAUAGUACUGUUUAAUCCGGAUCGACCAAACAUUAUUCAUAAAGAAAUUGUUAAACUUCAACAACAAUUAUAUAUGUAUUUACUUCAGCGAUAUUUGCGCUUAAAAUAUGUGUCUGAAUGCGAAUCAAAGACAAAAUUUGUAAAAAUAAUGAAUUCAUUGGAGUAUUUGCGUCAUUUAAAUGAUAUUCAUAGACGCAAUCAAAAUGCCAAAAAUACUAACCAUUUGGGACCUCUUUUGCGGGAAAUUCUCGAUUUACCCGCUGUUUCUACAAUUCAAAAUUCAUGA